GGGAAACUGGUCUAUGCCAAUGAAGGGAAAGUAAGUGAUUUCCAGUACCUGGCAAACCAUAUAAACCUGACUGACACCAUCGCUAUUGUGCGCUAUGGAGGAAUAGGAAGAGUGAACAAGGCAAUUAAUGCUGCCAAAUUUGGAGUGAUUGGUGUAAUAAUCUACACUGACCCGAAAGACAUAAAUGAUGGUAUGUCAAAUCCUGCAGACACAUACCCUAAUUCCUGGUAUAUGCCACCUUCUGGAGUAGAACGAGGCUCAUUCAAAGAGAAUUUUGGUGAUCAGCUCACCCCGUACUAUCCAGCUAAAGAGUUCACUUAUAGAAUUCCUGAAUCUGAGAUCAAAGGUAUUUCUCACAUACCAGCACAGCCCAUAGGUUUCCAGGAUGCCCGAACAUUAAUAUGUGAGCUGGAUGAACCUAAAGCUCCAGAUAACUGGCAAGGGUCUCUGGGUUGUCCUUAUAACAUAGGACCUGGAUUCAGACAGAACAAAUUCAGUAAGAGUGAUGAUGUCCAGGUUAAUAUUUACAAUAAACGAACAAUAAAAUCAUCGGCGAAUGUUAUGGGGAUUAUCAGAGGAGCUGUAGAACCUGACAGGUAUGUGUUGUACGGCAACCACAGGGACAGCUGGGUACAUGGAGCCAUUGAUCCAAGCAGUGGCACCACCGUAAUGCUGGAGAUAACAAGAAUUCUGGGCACCAAAUUAAAACAAGGAAAGUGGCGUCCUCGAAGAUCCAUCAUUUUUGGCAGCUGGGGUGCGGAAGAAUUUGGACUCAUUGGUUCAACUGAGUUUGCUGAGGACUACUACAGCAAAUUAAGAGACAGGACUGUAGCCUACAUUAAUGUGGAUAUCUCUGUGUAUGCUAAUGCAACUUUGAGGGUACAAGGAACACCUCCUGCACAAAAUGUUGUUUUUGCUGCAUCUAAACAGGUGAAAACUCCAUCAAAUUCUCUUACUGUGUAUGAUAACUGGAAGAGUCAUUCAAAUCGCACCAGCCCGCAGUACGGCCUCAUCCCUCAAAUUGGAACUCUGGGAAUUGGAAGUGAUUAUGCUCCCUUUUUACACUACCUGGGAAUUACAUGCAUGGACUUGGCAUACACAUAUGACAGGAGAGUGACGUCAGCUCGAAUAUACCCUGCCUACCAUACAGCCUUUGACACAUUUGAUUAUACUGCUAAAUAUAUUGAUCCAGGUUUUGUCAGCCAUCAGACAGUGGCACGCACAGCUGGGAAUGUUCUACUGAGACUCUCAGACAGCCUCAUCCUGCCGCUAGGAGUAAGAGACUACGUGGAAACCCUGGAGGAUUACUAUAGCCAAGCAGAGAACUUUCAGGCAAACCUCAAAAAGUACAAUAUCUCACUGGGUAAGUGGGCAACGUACCAGAGACGGAAAAGCUAA